AUGUCCAUAGCAAUAAAAAAAGGCAAUUUAAGUAGAAAAGAGUUAAGGAAAAUGAAAAGAAAACAAAAAAAAAGGAAUAAAAUGCUUUUUUCUAAAAAAAAAAUAAUUAGAAAAAAAAAAAGUUUUGAAUCUGAAGGUUCCAAUUACAAUUCAAAAAAAGAAAAAACGAAGAAAAACGAACAGGAAAAUAUAAGUAUUCAGUUAAAAAAAGCUAAAAAAGUUAAUGAAAAUGAUAAUCUAAAUAUUCAGUUAAAAAAAUCUAAAAAAGUUAAUGAAAAUAAAAAUCUAAAUAUUCAGUUAAAAAAAGCUAAAAAAGUUAAUGAAAAUAAAAAUCUAAAUAUUCAGUUAAAAAAUGAUACAGGAGAUGGUAGCCAAAAUUAUGAUAUAUAUGCAGAACAGGAUAAAGAUGAUUAUUUAUUAUCAUAUUUAUCAAAAAAAUUGAAAAUAAAAAAUAAUGAUAGUAGUAAAAACAAUGAAGAGAAACUUUUUAAAGAAUUAGAAAAAGAUGGCUUUGAUACAAAACUGUUAAAACUUACAGAUAUAAUAUUUAAUGAAUGUCAGAAACAUUAUAAGAAUAACAAAAGUAGUAUAAAUAAAACAAAAAAUGAUGAAGAAUAUAAUUCCUCAAGUGAAAGCAACAACCAAGAGAGAACAAAUAAUGAUGAAAAUGUAAUUGAUAAUCAAGUUAUUUUAUUAGAAAAAAGCAAAAAUAAAACAGAAACAAAAGAUAAAAUUAUUAAUAAAAAAGAUAAAAAAAAAAAAAAAAAAUUAAAAAAAAUAUCUAAAAAUGAAGAGGAUAGUUUAAAAAAUAUAGAUAAUAUUAAAAAAAAAAAAAAUAUAAAUAAAGAAAGUAAAGAAAUAGUAAAAAUAGAAGGAAAAAAUAAGAAAAUUUUGCUUAACUAUUCUGAGGAGACAAAAAAAAUAGAUAAAUUUCUGAUUAUUUCCUUAAAUAAAACAUCAGAGUUCAAUAUAAAAAGUAUUAUACAAGAUAUAUGUAAAUAUUUUCAUGAAUUAAGUGACUUAAAGUUAAGAGUUAUUUUUAAUGAUGUUUUAAUAAAAAUUGUAUCGAAUUAUUUUAAAAAUGUAAAUACUACUGACAUUCAUAUAUGCAUAUUUUCAGUUAUUAUAUGUGUUUUAAAUAGUUUGUUGUAUCAAGAUUUACUUAAGGAUUUUUUGAAAGUAUUAAUUGGUAUUUUUAAAAAUUAUUACGAAGAUAAUAUUAAUUUAAUGAUACAAGUUGAGAAGGAAAAUGAAUUAAAUAAUAAUUUAAAUAUGAAUGAUAUUGAAAAAGUUAAUAAUGUUAUAAAAUUAAAUAACAAAAAUAAAAACAUUAUUUAUGACACUAAUCCUAAAAAUAAUAUAAAAGUUAAUAAAAAAAAAAUAAUAACUAAAGAAGAAUAUGAUAAAUAUCAAGAUUUUAAAAUUAUAAUGAGAAAUUUAUUGAAGUGUUUUAGCUUGUUUUAUGCAUUAAAUUAUUUAGAUUUUGAAUUUAUAAUAGAUGUAAUUAAUUUAUUAUGUGAAAGUAUUAGUAUAAAUAAUGUUGAUAAUAUAAUUAUUAUUCUAAAAAUAUGUGGUAAAAAAUUAAAAAAAGACGAUGUUUCUCAUUUAAAUUAUAUAUCUAACUAUUUGAAAAAACAAAUUGACAAUUUCAUUAUAAAAAAUAAUAUUAGUAUUGAAAAAAGCAAGUUAAGAUUUUUAAUUAAAGAUAUAGAAGAUUUAAGAGAUGGAAAAAUGAAAUUUUACUUUUUAAAUAAAUUUGAAUUUCUUUUCAGUGUUUUAAAUGAAUUUGAAACUAAGUAUAGUUUUAAAAGAAAUAUUGUAUAUUUUUCUUUUGCAAAUACAUUUAACAAUUAUAAGAUAAAUGAAGAUUCAGAUAAAAAGAAAAAGAAAAAUAAUAAAAUAAAUAAUAUAGAUAAUAAUGAUGAUAAAAAAACAAAUACUAUAGAAGAUAAAGUUCAAAAAUUGAAUUAUUUAAUGGAAGAAGUAAAUUCUAAUGAUAUUUAUUUCAAUAAAUUACUAAAAAAGUAUAAAAUUCAAGGAAUAUUACCAAAAAAAAUAUUUUUAGUUAUCAAAAGUAGUUUAAAUGUAGAUGAAUGUGUUUAUAAUUUAUCUACAUUUUUAAAAAAAAAAAAAAAUGUACCUUUUGUUAUUCAAACAAUUAUACAGACACUUUUAUAUGAUAAAAAAUAUAAAGAAGCUUAUGAAAAAAUAUUGAGUAAUAUAUCAAAUGUUAAAAAUAGAGUUUUUUUAUUUAGUUUAAAAACAGUUUUUAUAAAUUAUAUUAAAAAUAUCAAUAAUUAUGACUUAAAAAAGGUGUUAUUUUUAAGUAAAUUAUUCAUUUAUUUAUUAAAAGAAAAAUUGUUGAGUUUUCAAAUUUUUAAAUAUAUUGAAAUUAAUGAUGAAAUAAAACUUGAAAAAAAUUGCAAUUUAUUUUUUUUUUUUAAAACAAUAUUUAUUUUAAUUUCCCUAGAUGAGUCAGAUAAUUUAUUCAACAAAGAAGCAUGGGAUGAUAUAUUAGAAAUUAUAAAAAAUAAAAAAAUUAAUAUUUCUAUUAUUUACUCUUUUAAACAAAUUAUUAAAAAAUACAUAUUUGAUGAAGUUAACAACAUAACAAAAAUAUAUCCAAAUUUCAAUAUAAGUUAUAUUGAAAAUUUUAACAAAAUUUUGAAUCAACAAAAAUAA